GUGAUUGGAUUGUUGGAGCCGCCAUGUUUGUUUUGGAAUGUUAAGCUUCCAUGUGUUAACCGACACUGUCUGUGCUAAAAUGUAACAUACAUUGAUAGUUGUGACAGACAAUAGCUGUAACAACAUCGAAAUGGAACGGGAGUUGACAAUUUCCCCGGAUUUUGACGAAAAUAUACAAUCCGAUGGUGUAGAUUCGGAGGAUUCGGCAAAUUCAACAUCGAGUGAGCUCGGCAGGAUCGGUGCAGGGUCUCGAGCGUCGGGUGCAGGCACGCCGACAGAAAGAGGUCUUGCAAAAACAAAAAGGGAGGAAGAUAUUAUACUAAAAACAAUUGAAGCAACUAAGGCUUUGGGGUCAAAUACGCUGGAUUUAUGUCAUAAAGGAUUACUGCAAAUUCCACAUGAAAUUUGGGAACUCUCUAAUUUGGAGUACUUGUAUCUGGAAGGAAAUCAGCUAUCAGCUUUACCUGAUGAUUUUUUUGACAAAUUGCCAAAUCUUGUGUGGUUGGAUGUUCGACGUAACAAUCUCCUUCGUCUGCCUAGUGUCUACACAGGACGCCAUCAACAUCUACGCUCUCUCCUGCUGGAAAGCAAUCGACUCCGAAGCUUACCCUUAGAGUUGGGUCUAAUAAAAAGUUUGAAUGGCUUAAAUAUCAGUAACAACCCUAUUGAGUUCCCUCCGAAGGAAGUAAUGGAGAAGGGAACAACGGCUAUUCUCCAUUUUCUACGGGAGAUGCUGCAUGCUAAGUCAACAGGAAAGAUGACAAAUGGGGGAAAUGGUGAUGACGGUGCUGAAAAUGACUCAAGUUCUAGUUCUGACGACUGGCAGGACGAAGAUGAUUUGCGGAAUUAUGCUCGACGUAAACACAUUGGCAACAUGGAGGAUAUGAAAAGUACGACCACUAAAUCAUCAGACAUGUUCGGUGUGGUGCCCCAUUCUGCGGAGCUCCAUCGCCCAGUCAGUUACACAGAGAUGAAACAGGAGAAAAAAGAAAAGUUACAGAAGGCUGGAGCGGCAGGCACCGUGGACAGUUACCAGCUGGAUCUGAAGGAAUUAAUACCCUUCCCACAGUCCAGUUUCUACUCCGUCAGACAAACCCAAAGCUUUGUAUCUCAUAUGCAGUGCAACAACAGAAGAACCUCGGCCUCCAAUAGUGUUUUGUCGUGGAAGGUCAAUCCCUACCCGGAACCCCCGCCUUCCGAAUACGUUACAUUUAAGAUGAAUGAGGAACGCAAAAUUGCCAAAGUAAAAGACCUCCGUGAGAAAACAGAUGCCAUUAUACAGAGAAGAAAAGAUGAAGAAUUAUUAAAGGAGUGGCGACAUGAAACAAAAAAACUACAACAAAAACGAUAUUUUGACAGUUUACGUCGUGGAACAAAAGAUUUUGUUGACCCUGUGGAGAAGGCACCUUUUGAUGUCGAUAAAAACCAUAUGAAGAUGCCUACUAAUGAAGAAAGAAUCAAACAAGAUGUCAAAAAUGCUCAUGAGCGAAUCAGACGGGCAUUGUCUCCGACCAGCAGACAGAAAAUUGAGGAUGAAAAAUCAGCUCGUAUUCGGGAAUUGGAAAGGCGUAUCAAACAGCACACCUCACAGAUGCAUGAUCGACGAAAGCAACCAAAGGGCAGUCCCCAGGAAGAAAUGGAGGCUGCUAAACGGGAACUUGACGUUGUGAAAUCACUUCAGAAAGACUUGAUGAAGCGAUACCAGGAUCUGAAGACCUGGACCACAGGCUGAGAAUCUCCAUAAAGAGCUGUCUAAAUCCCGGAAAAAGUUGGAGUACAGGUUCCGAGCAUUCACUGGUGACUUAACAUCGGGUUACACUGCCAAACGAAACAACGCGGUCCCUCAGUUACCGAACUAUUGACGUAGGCCUCUGUUGGUUACUAUGGAUUCUGUCCAGUUUCUAAACUAUUGAAGAAAAAUCGACUGGAAUUUAAUCCUUGGAUAUCAAUGACAUUGGUCAAGGUCUCCAGGUCACCUUGGAAUGGGGAGUGAACAACAAUGACGUAUUAAAAUUGGCUGUUUCUUUUGUUUAGUCGUCUACCGGUAUAUACAUGAACAAAACGGGGGCACAGAUAGACUUUAAUGUUAAUCCGCUCCAUUUAGUAAUUUUAUAAAAAUAUAUUAAAAGAAUGGCUUCUGAUUUCUCAACUUUGGCAAUUUCAAUGUAAUCUGAAUUCUAGGAGACUUGAUUAUGAAUGUUUGAAGUCUCAGAUCUGUAUCAAAGCAUAAUUUGCUUUUUGUAAAAAUGUGCACGUAAUUUAGUGUUUUGUGUAAUUAAUUUAUGAAAUAAAAAAGUAUUAGUUAUUUUUA